AUGAGCCAUUUUGUGACUCUUCGUGUUUUUGGGGCCAGCCUUCAGCCAGCAGGAAUGGAGACUCUGGAUCUGUUGAGGAAUUGUUUGGUGUGCAAAUGGGAGCUGCGGAGGAGGGAGCCCAGAAUGCUCCCCUGCCUCCAUUCCUUCUGUAAGGACUGCCUUCCGGAUUUGAUUCAAGGAUACAGCCGUAUUCCCACUGAGUAUGAAGUUCUCUAUGAAGGUAUCCUUUCCUGCCCUGUGUGCAAACAGACCUGCUUUGCAAGGGAUGUAGUUGAGAAUUUCUUCCUCAAGGACUUUCCCAUUUGUGAUUCAGCUAUGGCAAAGAGCUGCUCCAUGUGCAAAGAGAAGAGACCUGCUCACAGUCUCUGUAUAAGAUGCAAUAAGUGGUUGUGCAGUUCUUGUACAGAGGAGCACAGACAUGGCAAGGAACCUGGAGAUCGCUUCCUGUCUGUAUCCCUGAAAGCCUGCGCAGCUGAGGAUGAAGCAAGGGAGUUUUCCUCGUUUUGCCUGGCGCACCCUCAAGAGCCGCUGAAGGUGUUUUGUGAGAGCUGUGACACCCUCACCUGCCGCAUCUGCCUCCUGUCGGAGCACAGGGAGCACAGGUUCAGGCAUCUUGAUGAAGCUCUGCAAAAUCAGAGAAUUAUCCUGGAGAAUGUCAUAACUAAGGUGGAGGAGAAAAAGAAUGGGAUUCAGGUUUCAGCUAAACAGAUUGAAGACAGGUUGCUUGAAGUAAAACAUCUGUACAAAAAGGUGGAAAACCAAAUAAAAAUGGCCAAGAUGGUUCUGAUGAAUGAAAUUGAUAAACGAAUGAAUAUCCUCCUUGAACAACUGGAAAAAAUCACCAGCGAGAGGAAGCAGAGGCUGGAGCAACAACUGCAAGGUGUUGUGGUUUUAGGCAGACAGGUAGAACACGUCCAGAACUUCAUCAGCUGGGCCGUGUGUAGCAAAAAAACCAUCCCAUUUCUCUUCAGUAAGGAGCUGAUUGUGUUUCAGAUCCAGCGCUUGCUGGAGACAAGCUGUAACACGGACACGGGCCCUCCUCUGAGGAUCAGGUUCACUUGGGAUCCCUCCUACUGGACCAAGCAGCUCUCCAGCUUGGGGGUUUUCACAGUGGAAGGAGGACACAUUUCUCACCCUGACGUGCUACUCUGUGGAAAUAUCCAGGGGUUACAGCCCUCUCUGUACCAUGGGCACCACUCCCCAGCCUCCCAGCUGGAGAGCAGCCAGCCCCAGCAGUUCCCACCUGCCAUGCAGUGUUCUGCACCCCUGUGCUGCUCCCACUGCCUCAGCAAAGCACAGCCUUCCUACCAGGACAUGAACCACCACAAGAGCUUCCACCAGCCUCCUGCCCUUCAGCAGCAGCACUUCCCUCUGCAGUACAGCCUGCAGCACCAGGACAGAGAGCCACGGGCUGCCCCCCAGCCUGGGAAGGUCCUGCAGGCCGGGCUGGAGCAGUGCUCGGAGCUGGAGAACGUGUCCGGGAGGGUGGGAAAGCCCUUCCCAGCCCAGCAGCUGCAGCAGGGCUGUGCUGGUGUCUCCCACGAGGCUCAGCAGGUUCACACGAGCCACCCACAGGCUUCUCUGCAGACAUCAGCUGUGGGAGUGCAGCUGGGCCAUCUCCAGAAGAUGAAAUCCCACCACGUGCUGCAGCCACCCCAGCAGCAGCAGCAGCUGCCACUGACACCCCCCACACCAGGACACGACGAGAGCAGCCACAAGCAAGUCAUCCAGCAGAGCCUGGACAUCAUGCACCACCAGUUUGAGCUGGAGGAGAUGAAAAAGGAUCUGGAGCUUCUCCUGCAGGCCCAGGGACAGUCCAGCUUGCAGCUGAACCAAGCCAAGCCACCUCAGCAUGUUCAGCAGACUAUAGUUGGUCAGAUCAACUACAUAGUGAGGCAGCCAACCCCAGCACAGCCACAAGUCCAAGAUGAAGCACAAGUCUGUGAGAGCUCCACAGAGGCUGAUGCCCAGAAGCCUGUCAUUCCUCUUGACAAAAGUGACAGUCCCUCCUUGUCACAAUCAUUAGAUGAAGAAUCAUUAGUCCAUGAUGUCAGGAUCCACUCCCCUGAGCACACACUGCAGCAAUCAACUUUACAUCCAGUGAGAAAGCGUUCAGCAUCCUUAAGCUUUGUGGGCUUUCCAAACAGCACAGAAAUGGAAUUAUCUCAAUCUCCAACAAGGUUAUCCAGCUCGGCCGACCCAGAGGUGAAAGGUGCAGCUGCUGUGACACUUGGCCUGUCCCCAGAUGCCCUCUGUGACUGUGAUGCUGCACCAGAGCCCCUGCCCAGCUACAGCCUGGCACUGGGCAGGGCUCCCAGUGACCCGAGCCCUGACCCUGCUGGCCUCACACCAGGUGAUGCACUCCAGGGAGGCACUAAAUGCAAGCUUGAGAAUGAAGACCUCAGUGCUGUGGAUUGUCUUCUAGAAAACAGCUUGGCUACUGCUGGGCAAGAGGUAGUUAAUGAAUUAACUCUUUCUAUGCAAAAAGUGAUGGAAGAACCUAUUAAUCUUUCAAUCAAAAAGUCUCAGCAUUGCACUGCUCCUUCUGAACUGCUCAGCAAUGCUUCUUUCCUGCCUGUGAGUGCCAGAAUGAGACAAUCCAGAGGCAAAGAAGAUUCCAAUAACUGUGAAAAGGAACAUUUUGAAAUGGAUAUGAAAAGCAAUCAGAAUGUCAGAGCUGCCCCUAAGGAGCAGAAGAUCCCCUAUGUGCGACUGGAACGUCUGAAAAUAUCUGCCUUGGAAGUGGGGGAGCUCCCGGUGUUCAAGCUCCAGCCACAGGACAAUGAGCAGGAGGGCAAUUUCCUCCUGGUAAUUGAGUGUGGGACACGGUCCUCAAGUAUGUCUAUAAAGAUAAAUAAAUAUAGUCCAGCUGAGGGACAGAAGUCCAAAGAGGAGAACUCAGAGGACAGGAGAUUUCUCAACUCCCAGACUGCAGGACAGACACAAUCUCCAUCUGCUGAUCAGAAGCUCAGCAAUGGCAUCUCCAGCACGAAGAAAUCCCCAGUUACUCAGGAAGUCAGUCCAUUUGAAAAUGAGGAUUUCUGUGCUGUGUGUCUUAAUGGAGGAGAACUGUUGUGCUGUGAUCAUUGCCCCAAGGUCUUCCAUCUCUCCUGCCAUGUUCCAGCCCUGCUCAGCUUUCCAGUGGGAGAAUGGGUGUGCUCGCUUUGCCGUAACCCAGUGAAGUCAGAGGUGGAAUAUGACUGUGAAAACACACGCUACAGCCACAGCUACAAUGCACAAUAUGGCCUUGGUGACUGUGACCAGAAGAAGUGUGAAAAGCUGGUGCUUUCCCUGUUCUGCAGCAGUAUGAGCCUCCCAUUCCAUGAACCUGUCAGUCCCCUGGCUCAGCAUUAUUAUCAGAUCAUCAAAAGGCCAAUGGAUUUGUCCACCAUACGAAGGAAGCUGCAAAAAAAGGACAAGUCCCACUACUCUGCACCUGAGGAACUUGUGACUGACGUGCGUCUCAUGUUUUGGAACUGUGCAAAGUUCAAUUAUCCAGAUUCCGAGGUUGCUGAGGCUGGACGAUGCCUGGAUGAGUUCUUUGAGGACAAACUGAAAGAGAUUUAUCCGGACAGGCAUUUCCCUUCAUUGCAACGGGAUGACUCUGAUUCUGAAGACGUGGAGAGCCAGAGCAGCCAAGUGCCAUCCCAGGAUUUCCAGUGGCCGUCGUACGGGCAGGAGUGCGUGCAGCCCAAAAGGAAACGGCGCCACGCUGUAAGAUUGCAAAAGCAAAAGCAUUUGGUUGCCAAGUGGCCUCCCUGCUAACUCUGUUUACAGCUAAUGAUGGGAAGUUCUGGCAGGGCUGUCUGGGAAAACUGUCAAGCUUCUAUCACGGAUGUGUGAUCAGUUCUACAAUUUUAUGUCACGGUCCCUUGAGUGGAAUAAAGUGUCAGAUGUGUAUAAAUGUGCGAGCAGGAGCAAAUGAAGCCUCUCAGGCUGCACAGUUAUCUUCCUAGGAGAAAGCUCUGUCAAGGUUUGUAAAAAGCCCUUUAGCUAUUCAUUGUUUGUUUCCUUUGUACACAGGAAAGUGAAAAAACUAAAAGAAUGAUGUUUCAGCCAGCUAACAGCCUUCCUCAGGUAUGAGCUCCUCAAGAUAAGAGAUUUGAGGAAUCCAGCAGCAUGACUGGCAGAGUUAAGGUGUGUGGGAGGAAAGCAAAGCGCUCGGGCUGUUUAUUUAAACUCUCCUAUUCUGCUGACCAUAUGCCUUAUUUCUAGAUCUUGUGGAUAGACAACAGAUCCAAAAUGUUUAAAUCUGUCAAUAUUCCGUCUGUUAAAUCACGUGUAUGUUUCACAGUGUUUACACUGAAGUACUAAA